AUGCUGUGGAUGGCGACAUUGGUGGCGGGAUUAGUCAUUGCUCUCGUCAUUCGACUAUGGAUCGUCAUUCCAGGAAGGACUCCUCAUUACGCAUCGACUUCAUCACCGCGUCUUCGGCGGCAGCAGCCUUGCAAGACGUGUAUCUUUCUCGGUUCUGGUGGGCAUACAGCCGAAAUGUUACAGCUUGCACAGUAUCUUGAUCCUACCAGGUAUACCCCACGUACGUAUGUGAUAGCAUCAUCGGAUGCAUUAAGUGCAUCAAAGGUCCAUCCGGAUGAGUCCUACUUUAUACCUCGAGCACGUCAUGUGGGACAAGGAUGGAUCUCUGUGCCAUGGACGACGUUGAAGGCUUUGUUGGUGGCAUUUCAAAUCAUUUUCAAAACAAUGCCUGAUCUGAUUCUGUGCAAUGGUCCUGGCAGUUGUGUACCCAUUUGUGUGGCAGCUUAUAUCCCCAAAAUAUUGGGUAUCCAUCCUAUCCAGAUCAUCUAUGUGGAAUCCUUUGCACGCGUCAAGACACUUUCUUUGACAGGCAAAUUGCUUUAUCUCUUUGUGGAUCGAUUUUUGGUUCAGUGGCCCGAGUUGCAGGAGCGGUAUAGUAAAGCUGAGUAUAGAGGAAUUUUGGUUUAG